AUGCUCUACCUCGUGGGACUAGGUCUCUCAGAUGAGACAGAUAUAACAGUAAAAGGCCUCGAAAUUGUUAAAAAGGCAUCCCGUGUCUACCUCGAAGCUUAUACGAGUAUUCUCCUAGUAGAUCAGUCUGUCUUAGAGAACUAUUAUGGCCGAUCCAUCGUAGUCGCGGAUCGCGAGAUGGUCGAGUCGAAUAGCGAAGAAAUCCUCCGCGAUGCGCAUACAGAGGAUGUCGCAUUUUUAGUAGUUGGUGAUCCUUUUGGCGCGACUACGCAUACUGACCUCGUUCUUCGAGCGCGCGAGCUCUCAAUUCCCGUCCAGACGGUACCAAAUGCCUCCAUAAUGUCAGGGAUAGGAGCUACGGGGCUUCAGCUAUACAACUUCGGCCAGACGGUAUCUAUGGUAUUCUUCCUGGAUAAUUGGCGCCCCGCGUCCUUUUACGACCGUAUCAAGGAGAAUCGAUCCAUCGGGCUUCAUACACUCGUGCUAUUGGACAUCAAAGUCAAGGAGCAGAGCUUAGAGAACAUGGCACGAGGAAGGAAGAUAUAUGAACCCCCUAGAUAUAUGACAGUUGGGCAAUGCGCGCAGCAGAUGCUUGAGAUCGAGGAAGAAAAGAAGGAGGGCGUUUAUGGACCGGAGAGCCUAGCCAUCGGCGCCGCGAGGGUUGGCGGCAGAGAAGAGAAGUUUGUUGCUGGAACACUAAAGCAGCUCUGCGAUGCAGAUGAAGCCCUCGGGCCGCCGCUACAUAGCUUAGUAUUACUAGGUAAAAGAGCACACGAGCUAGAGAGGGAUUAUGCUCGCGAGUUUGCGGUCGAUAAGGAGACGUGGGAUACGAUUUGGAUUAGGGAUUACGGUCAGCAAUGA